GCAUUGAUGCCAUAUGGGGUACCGAUAAAAAAUCUACUCAAAUGUGGGACAUAAUUUCUGAGUUUUAUCAUGAGUAUAAAAAACCAAAUACUGUGAACCGUUCAGUAGGGUCAUUGAUCAAUCGUUGGUCCAUGAUCCAAAAAUGCACAAACAAGUUUUGCGCAUUUCUAGCGCAGAUAGAGUCAUUGCACCCAAGUGGUGCGACCAAGCAAGACAAGAUUGAAAAGACAAAAAUAAUGUACAAAGAGAUAGAAAAUGGGAACUUCACACUGGAGCAUUGUUGGUGUCUUUUGAGACACCAACCCAAAUGGCAGCAACACAUGAUUUCACUGAAUACGAGGAGAAGGCCACAUGAUAAACGUCCAGCUAAUGAGCAGUCAAGUGAAAUUGUCGACGACGUUGUUGAGGAGAACGUUGAAAGACCUCCAAGCAAAAAAGCUGAGAAAGAUAACUUGAGGAAGCGGAAGGCCCAAGAAUCAUGUGAUGCUGAGUUUAACAUGGUGUUAGAAAAAAUGACCGAGGAUAGACGGUUGUUCAUGGCAGAGAGGAGAUCAUGGGUGACGAAGGCAGAUGACAAUAGAGGUGCACAACUAGAACUUGAUAAGAGAAAGUUCGAGGCGGAGAUUAUGAGCAAGGAUCUUUCUGGCAUGAAUGCCAUGCAGCAAGCCUACUUUCUAAAUAUUCAGAGGAAAAUUUAUGAGGAAUCUUUAAAUUGUUCCGAAGGUACAUAUGAGAAAUCUCCAUCCACACCUGAUGAAGGUGUGUAACUGUUGGCUAUGAUUUUAGAUUUCCAGCUUUUAGUGGUUGGGCAGCCACUAUGAGAUCUAAAUUUUUUUAUUUUGAAGUUGAUAUAUAGCC